GCAAGGCUGAUGCUUUCAGACCGAAAACGGUACAGUUUCAUGUAAGAAGUCCAGGGCUCAACUGGUUUUUGAGUAUUCUACGUAAUUUUACGAUAAUUACGAUAAGUUCAGACAUGGAAUUAACGCUACUGAUACUAACUUUGAGUACAACAAUGAUGCUGUGUUCGACUUCGUUUGGUGACGGCAUAACAACAAAUAUCCCUACGACAUCGCAAAAAGCAGUAGAUACAACCUAUUCUUCUAUGGGCAAUAAGGACACCACUCCUAUGCAGGAUUCGAUAUUCCCUAUACAGCACACGAACAGCAUUCCAACGGAACAGACGAGAACAUCCACAUUGACACAAGCCAAUGGAAUUAGUGGGGCAGUUUUAAUACAUGCUCCUACGGAUGCUUCAACUAUAAUAUUUUCACCACCAUCGUCACCUCAGCCAGCCUACAUAUCAAAUAUUACAAUUUUUGUCCCCACACAUUCCACGGUCAUGCCUACUGUUCGUUCAGACUUUAUUGAAAGUCUGCCUAUAGAUGUGUCAACUGUUGAAGACAAGCAGAUUGGUCCAGGUGGACCUACUCAACAGGAAAGCAUCGGCAUUCAAAGAGCGCUCUGUUGGUUGAGAGAAAAACGGCUGCCCGACUACAGCUGGGGCAAUGAUACACAUAUGGUAAUAUUGGCUAAGGAAUUAUCGGGUGCUCGGGAUCCAUCUGAGAGUGACAACCCAAUACAAAUUGUGUUGGAUUUGGAGAACCUGCUUUCAAUCAAGCAAAUGGACAUCGAGGUCAUGACUAUGCUAGAUAGGCAUCACUCUACAGCCAAGCUACCGCACACCGAUCACAUAGCGAAGUACAUCCUGGCAAUGGGUGGCUUGUGUAAAGAUGCGCGUCAUUUCUAUGGGCACGAUCUAGUAGCUACCCUCGAGCAACAUGAGCAUGAUCAAGGAAAGGAGUAUGAGUUUGCGCUAACAGCCCUUGCCAUUUGCAGUUCAGCUACUCAUGUUCGCAAGCGCCAAAUUCGACGAUUAUUAGAUAUUGCCAGUGGAGAGGUCAACGAUGUUGAUACUAUAGCGAUGGUCCUAUUGGCCUUACGGUGCAUCGUAACAGACCAUCGACAUCGGCAUUUACAACACUUUGUACGGCGUCCUGCGCGGGGGUUGGCCUCUCUCCAAGGUCCACAAGGCAGUUUUGGCUCAUUACGCAGUACCGCUCUAGCGAUGCAAGCGUUACAGGAUUUGGAGCCCGAUCCGGCCGGAAAAUGGAACCGUACCGCUGCCUCCGGAUGGUUACUGAGUAAGCAGCGUCCCGAUGGAGGCUGGACUGAGGAACCUCUGCAGGAUGGGCAGGAUGCUAGCAUUGGAAUCGGAUUAACGGCGGACAUCGUGUUGGCUCUCGGUUGGCGAGGCCUAGGUGCAGUGCGUGCUCUGCAAUGUGAUCACGUAAUGCGCGAAUCAAAUGAGCCAUCUGAAAACGGUGAACCCAAGCUGGCCCCUCCUGUCGGUAUUCUUUCGCCUGUUGAGGAAACUGAGCCGCGUAACGUUUCAUACACCUAUACCCUAUGGGUGGGUACAAAUGAAACUGAGGAAUAUUUUCUUGACUUGACAUCGCCCAAAAAUACGACAUUCUUUCGUGCAAUGAUGCAAGCAGCAUCUAUAGAUCCAAGAUUUUCCUUUGAAGCGAGGGAGUGGCCGAACGGCCAUUACGUACAUACAUUGGCUGGUAUGAGGGAAGAACCAAAAAGCUAUCAUUUUUGGUUGCUUUACCGUCUACCUGAAAGACCGGAUACAAAAAAUCCACCAGGAAAUCAACUAAUAGCACCGUUAGGCGUGGAUGAAUUACUCGUAGAGGAUGGAGAACACUACUUGUACUGGUACAAGAAGCUGUAAGCAAUGUGUAAUCGAUACAUCGUAUUCCACAUCAUACUAUACAUACCAAACCAGUUAUUUAGUCACGCAGCCAUCAAGCAAAUACAGAUUAUUUGAGACGUAUAUGAGUACACGCAAUAUAACGGAUUACACAUCCGCUUAUCAGUGCUAUCAAAAUCCAUACAACCGAUACAUUAGAAACUGAAUGGAAUGGAAUGAAAAGAACCGCUCAUUUUAUAGAUAAAAGAAUCUAUAAAGAGCUCAUUUUAUAGAUAGCACAAAAAAUGGUAGGAAAUCGUUGCUACACUCACGCAGUACAACAAAAUGGCAUAAGUUAAGUUGUCAGCUUUAAAGUAAUGCAUAAACCGAUACAUGACGUACGCAAGUAAAACUUAGUUGAUAGGUUGACAAAGGCAAGAAAUACCUUUUUCUCAAACGGGAACAGAAGCGAAAAUGUGGACCAUCGGUGAGUAAAGAAACGAAAAUGUUUGUAUGAAACCGUUCAUCCCUUACAUAAAAGAUGGGAAACGCUAGAGGCUGGAAAUUAUAGUAUACAAGCACUUAUACACAUUAUACAAAACAAUGCUGGAUCCGUCACAAAUGAAACUAAUGAGGAAAGAUUUACAAACAAAUGCAAUGGACUCAGAUGUAUUACAAACUGACAACUGGAAAGAGAUACAAAAGAGGCAUCACUAAGUGAAAGAGUUCGCAGCUAAAAAAUGGCAUACUUUUUUGCGGCAAAGUUAAAUAAGCUCCCGAAUUUGACAAUAAUUUAUGUGUGAACAACGAAAGACAGAUUGGCUUAAAUAUCCGUAUAGUAAUACUCAGAGUAUAAGAACCAUGUGUAGGGUUCGCAUGCGAUAGACAUAAGCAGCUACAAUAGCGGUUCGUGGUGCAUACUGGGAUUCUGGUUAAUUUUGUGGCAUGCGCUCAUACCUAUUUCUUAUUGACGAUUAUUGCUCAUCAUGUCCAAUAUUAACCUUCGAAAGAAUUAUACAAAAUGCAGAAACAGAGCAAUGAAAACAAAAGAAAAUACGUCGGGAUGUGCACUCUAAUGCGUACUACUAUUGCUUUGAACUAUACAGAGUUCUGCUGCCAAUAUUUUUCAAAGGAAUGAAACAAUGUAUUGAUUACCCACAAAAGCCCUAACUGAAUUGAUACAUGAAUUCACCAAGAAGAUUGCGUUCGAUUAAAAGAUAAACAUUGCUUGUCCUUAAUUGAAUAGUCACAUUAUCGAACAUAUUGCCAUGGUAGACAAAAAGCGCAACCAUAGUCGCAUUCACUAUAUCGGCACUAUCCUUGUACACCAAAACAUGUUAUUUCAAGCUAUACACUGCAAUAGGGGGACAUUAUACCGACAAAUCCUGUAA